ACUGUUAGCGUUAGUGUAUCUGUACACAUUAAAGAGAGAAGAAGAUAUACUGUGGAUAUAAGUAGUAAGCUGAAAACAAGAAGAGGUGUUAUAGGUAGUUACUUGAAGAGCAAUUCAUAAUUAAAGGUUACAGAGUGGGUAAAUAGUGUGGUGAUGAUGGACUGGGUCAAGACUGUGUGUUUAGUGUUCUGGGCUUUUACAUUCAGCUCUGCAGCAGAUGAUUAUAAGGAGCAAGCACUGAAACUGAUGGCUGAAACUCCGCUUAUAGAUGGGCACAAUGACCUUCCCUGGCAGAUGAGGAGUUUGUUUAAUAAUCAGCUCAACAUGGUGGACUUGUACAAGCUAAACACCACACACACCAACAUUCCAAAAAUCAAAGAAGGGCGCCUCUCAGCACAGUUCUGGGCAGCUUUCGUACCGUGUGAUACCCAGUACAAAGAUGCAGUCAGACAGACCUUGGAGCAGAUUGAUGUAGUCCACAGGAUGUGUCAGAAAUACCCAGAUGUUUUUAAAUUUGCUGCUAGCAGUCAAGAUAUAAUGGACGCCUUUGAACAGAAUAAGACAGCAAGUCUGAUUGGGGUAGAAGGUGGACAUUCGAUUGACAGCAGUUUGGGUACUCUGCGUACCAUGUAUCAUCUGGGCGUCCGCUACCUCACUCUCACACACAGUUGUACCACACCAUGGGUAGACAACUGGCUGGUGGACACGGGAUCUGAGCCUGAAGUGCAUGGUGGUUUGUCUGAGUUUGGCAAGCAAGUGGUGCGGGAAAUGAACCGCAUUGGAAUGCUGAUUGACCUGUCUCACGUGUCUGAGAAAGUCAUGAAUCAAGUGCUGGACAUCUCUGAAGCUCCCAUUAUCUUCAGCCACUCUUCUGCCUACAGCAUCUGUAAUCACAAGAGAAAUGUUCCUGAUGAUGUUCUUUUGAGAGUGAGAGAAAAGCAAGGGAUUGUAAUGAUAAAUUUUUAUAAUGACUACGUAACCUGCCAGGAUGCUGCAAACAUCUCAGAUGUGGCCGAUCACUUUGACCAUAUCAAGAAAGUGGCUGAUGCUAGUAUCAUUGGAUUUGGAGGAGAUUAUGAUGGUGUGCCAAGGGUGCCAGAUGGUCUAGAAGAUGUAUCAAAGUACCCAGACCUGGUGGCUGAACUUCUUAGACGUAAAUGGACAGAGGAUGAGAUUAGAGAUGCUCUGGGACGGAACCUGCUGAGAGUAUUUAGAGAGGUGGAAGCGGUAAGAGAUCGCAUGAACGCAAUCAAGCCAGAUGAUAAACCCAUACCUCUUAAAGAAGUCCAAAAUCCCUGCAGGACAGACUAUGGUUAUCAAGUUAAAUCCAGUUCAGCAUCCAUACAGGUUUUCUGUCCACUAUUGAUUUUUACACUACUAAACAAGUUAUUAUAAUCAGCCCCUCAGUGGACUGUCUAGUUCUGUAGUACUGUUUUGGGGUAUGCAAAUGAUCUUUGACAAAGAGAUAUAGGCAUUAUGCAAUGACUAAAAACAUAUGUGCCCUGCUUCUAUAUGUGCCCUGUUAGAUUUGAUCAUUUUCUUUAUUUGAAUAAUGCCACUGAUCAUUCUGAACAAAAGGAUCACUGAAUGUUCCUCACUCACAUUUGCUUAUUGUCUUCAAAAGACUGUAUCGCACGCUGAUGUAUAUGAUCACAGUAGUUAUUGUGUGUUGACAACAUCCAGAGUGUGUCAGUCUUGUGCUGUGAAAAAAAUCAAUCCAAAAGCUCCACCUAGUGGACACACUGUUGAAUAUUCGGAUAUAUUGAAGUCUUCUUGCAUAACAUAAUUCUCUAUAUGACCUUGUUGAUAACAAUGACAAAGCUGAUUAUUACAUUGUAUUGCCUCUUAUUUCUGUUAUCUAACCUUUAUAAAACUUAUCAUUUUCAUGUUAUCAUUCUCAUUCAUCAUGUUUGCUUUAUAGCUGUAUGUACUACAAUCUUUACAUCAUUAAAUGGAUAUUCUAAUAUAAAAUGCCUAACUCUGUGGAUACCAAUAAAGGUGCUAAGUGUAGCUAGAAAAUAUAAUUACUCUAAAAGAUAAAUUAGCCCAUUGGUUUAGGGGCCUAUAGGAAAGAUUAAAAUAAAUCACAGUAAUACAAUAUAUAAAAAUUAUAUUCAUAAUAAACUAAACCAAAUACAUUAAAUGUUGGCAUGGAGACACGAUGCCUCAGAAUAUAAGACUUCUAAUAAAUACUGUAGAGAAUAUAUAUAAAUUUGAAAGUAAAAGUUAUAUUCAAAGGCUAUGUGGUAUAUAUUCUAUACUGUAAUACUGAUGCUGUAUUGUAAGUCUGUUUUUAUGCUGACACCUGUGAAGAUUUUAGUCAAUGACCUGUCCUCUAAAAUUUCAGAUACCUUUAUUAUUUUGUUUGUGCUUGAUAUUUUUUGUUGGAUAAAUGU